AGUUUCAUUUCAACUUUCAAGGUUAUUUUCUAUUUCACUCCCACUCCAUACGUCCGUAGACCGAAUUGGUAAUCCUUGUAUGUAGUUCUAAUUUCUAAAACAAACAAAGAGCAUUCCGAAAUUCCAGUGCAGUGUGAAGGUGUGUGAAUGUGUGAUCACUGAUUACUGUGAUUUGAUUUGAUUAAUGAUUUUGAUUUCGUUUCGUUGAUUCGCAUUUGUUUUGACUUUUGUUUUUGUUAUGUAAGUACGAAGUACAUAGUUCGUAGUGUUUCAUUGGUGUUAUGUGUUGAAUAUUCGCAUUUCAUUUGGAUAAUUUGGAAGAAAUCUGACUGAAUCAAGUGUUCGUAUCGUAUUCAAAUAACGGUUAGUUGAAAAAACUACUACAUAUUUUGUAUAAGCUAUCAUGCAGGUAUUCAUCGAUAUACUUGAAGAAGGUGAAAAUAAGUCCAAAUAAGUGGUAACGUGAAGGCAACGGCAACCGAUAAUGGAUUCCCAGAGGAAAAAACGUCUUCAAAGCGAGAUUCUAUCUGAGUUGAAACUGGCCGGCUUCAACACCUGGACCAUAAAUACGAAAACGCCGGAUCAGACGGUUUCUAGAAUUGAUUUUGAUUUGCCCACUGCGCUUAGUUCGGAUGAAUAUCCGGCCAAUCUACGGGAACCUGAAAUUGAGAUGGAAAUCGUUGACAAAGUUAAUGAGAUCAGUUUACCCGAAUAUGAAGCAAGUGGAAUCCUGCAAUCGGUGACUCGCGAUUUAGAGACGGCUUUUGCAUCUUACGCUGUACAAUUGUUGAAUGUUACGAAUGAAUGGCACUUGUACGGCUCCUAUAGAAAUGGACUUUGUUGUAACGACAGCGACAUCGAUUUCCACAAUGGAUCAUUCAAAAAUCUUACGAAUUCCGACGCCGGAAACCUUGUGAAAAGAGUCUAUGAUGUUUUCAAAAAUAAUACCUACUUCGAUCCUAUACGUUUUUUCCCGACGGCGCGAGUUCCACUGGUUGAGUUGAAACACAAACGCACCGGAAAAGUAUGCAGCAUUACAUUCUCCGGCAAAAUGGGAGUGUCGGAUUCGUUGUUGGCGGAACUGUACUUGGAAAAGUAUUCGAAUUUGAAAGUUUUGACGUUGUUUCUGAAAUACGUAUUGAAACGCCAUAACUUGGAUGGAACCGGUAAAAUAACUACUCAUACGAUAUUUUGGUUGGUGGUGUUUUUCAUGCAACAGAAAAAGCUGCUACUGCCCGUCAAAGACGUACGACAAAAAAACAAUCCGUUACAACAGCAGGCCGAGUAUUCAUCGGAAGAGUCCAUCGUUUCUUUGUAUCGUGGCUUUUUGAAAUUUUAUAAAAAUUUCAAUUUCUUGAAAUACAUUAUCUCUCCAUAUUUCGGAUAUGCGUUACCUAUCGAUAACUCCGAAACAUUGCAUCUAUUAUUGUUUACUAGAAGCUGCAUGAAUAUUCAGGAUAUGUCCACCCUUACUACGAAUUUAGCCGCGAAUGUAUCGCUGACAGCAGUGAAUGAGUUCAGAGUUGUCUGUGAACACCUUUUUAAUAACUGCGAAAACGCUUUGUACGAAGGACAUCCAUUUGAGAUUUCUUCGGAAUCCGAAUUAAAAUCGAAGAAACAUCUGUAUAAGAACAUCAAUCAAACAGCGUUUAUCGACCUGGAUUUCAUAUCUUUAAAUAUUCCUUCAGAUCAUGAUAUGAAGCAAUAUUUAAUCGAUGCUGUUAGAAACCUGAUGGAAAUCGUUUUGGGAUUUCAUUGUGACAAUCUCGUUUGCCGAAAUGUUCGUGGACUUUAUUGUGAACCAGGCGCAGGCGAUCGUUCUUGGAUGAGAGCUGUACCUGUCUGCUACAUCGAUUACAGUACGACGCAUGCUACUUUGAGCAACAAAAACGUGUUAUCCAUGUUCGAAGAAAGUUCCUCUUGCUUGAGAGAGAAUUUUGGAAUUUUUUACUUAUUCGACGGCCGCAAUGAUUUGAAAUGUGUUAGAGUACUGGUCGAAGGAGAUGGCCGAUUCGUUGAGUUUAUGAAGACUCAUGGAAAGGAACUGUUCAUCGCUCAAGUUCACGAAUACGUAGAUAAUAGUUUUUAGAUUUUGUUUGACGACGGUUGUUUCAACACUUCGAGUAUAAUCCUCUUGAUUUUUAUUUUUUUCGUAUUUCGGUUUAGUAUUUUAUUUUCAAAUGCGGUUGUUGACUUUUUACCCGUUUUUCGUAUUUCGGUAUAAGUAUUUUAUUUUUAAUCGAGGUUGUUGAUUUUUUUUUUAUGAGUAGGUACAUACAUAUAAUGCCUUUUGAAUAUAAUUUUUCAAAUUAU